UUUUUAUCAAGCUGUUUAUUAUGAAUUUGUCAUCAGGUUACCGAAAAAAUUCUUGAUGAAACGAAACUUCAUUCGUUCUGUCGCCAACCAAGACUUGGCAGCUUUUUCUGUCAUGCAAAUACGAUUUCAGGUUGCAUAAAGAAGCUUAAAUUAAUCUUGCCGAAUCGAAACUUCAUAUUAACAUACUUCUUAACAUGAAUAAUUAUGCCGAUGACAUUAUAUCUGGAAUUAAUUAUAUAACAUAAACAAUCGAUUAUUACUUUUUUCCUUGAUUAUUAAUGUUAAUACAGAGUUGUUAUCAGUGUGAAAAAAAAUUAAUUUUACUUAGUCUUAUAAUGUUUUAUUUCUAAUUUUGUAAUAUAAAAAGAAGUAUUGCAGACACCAUGGCGGGACAUGUGAAAAGCUCGCUAAUUCAAAAUAUGAAAAAAUUAAAUUUAUUCGAUUUUAAGAAUGGAUUAAACAUCAUCCGAAGACCUAUGCUCCGAAUGGUAAGCAGUUACCUCAGAUCACGCAGUCAUUCAUGUGGAGAACUUAGCUUGGAUGAUGUUGGCAAAGUUGUGGUUCUCUGUGGUUGGCUCCAGUACAAAAGAUUGGAUCAGUUCCUGUUGCUACGUGACUGGCAAGGAAUAACGCAAGUUCUCAUCCCAACAGAAAAGCAAGACAUACUUCAUCCUCUCCUCUCAAAUUUACCCUUGGAAUCGGUGAUUCAAGUGCAGGGCACCGUCAUAAAACGGCCAGAAGAUCAACAAAACGACAAAAUGCAGACUGGAAGUAUUGAAGUAAAGCUCUCUGAUUUCCAUGUGUUAAAUUCUUGUCGCACUAAAUUACCAUUCCAAAUGAAGAAAUUCCAUGAGGUGAAAGAAUCACUUCGUAUGGAAUACAGGUAUAUAGACCUACGGACUCAAAGAAUGCAACACAAUCUCCGACUGCGAUCGGCAAUGACAAUGAAAAUUAGGGAAUUUCUUUGCAAUAAACAUGAUUUUGUUGAUGUAGAGACACCAGUUUUAUUUCGAAGGACACCAGGGGGUGCCAAAGAAUUCAUUGUUCCCACCCACACCCCAGGGAAGUUCUACAGUCUUCCACAGUCACCACAACAGUUCAAGCAGUUGCUAAUGGCUGGUGGCCUUGACAGGUAUUUUCAAAUUGCAAAAUGUUUCAGAGAUGAAGGUGCUAAACCAGAUCGUCAACCAGAGUUCACUCAGGUUGAUUUAGAAAUGUCUUUUGUCGACAUGGAUGGUAUUCUUUCUCUCACAGAAGAUAUGUUGGCAGCUUCCUGGCCUGAUUCCAAACAACAUAAACUCUGCACACCUUUUCCUCGUAUGCCCCACCACCAAGCCUUGAAAUGUUUUGGUUCAGACAAACCUGACACUCGAUUCGGUAUGGAACUGAAUGAUAUUUCUCAUAUCCUACAAGACAGUGGCAUUGAUUUUUUAAACACUGUCUUAUCAACUCCAGCGGGUUCUGUCCAGACAAUUGUCCUAAAGCAAGGAACGAAAUAUUUGACGAGCAAAGAUCUUCGGAAAGUGAAAGAUUUGGGAAAUGAAAACACAACAUUGGCAGGAUUAACCAUCAUUGUCAUCAAAGACAACAAUCAAUGGCAAUCACCAAUUUCUAACGUUUUACAACAGAACCUAAAAGAAGAACUAACAGACAGUCUUGGACUGGAACCUGGAGAUGUUGUCCUCUUAGCUGCUGGAAUCCAUGAACAUCCAUAUUCUUUACUUGGUAAAUUACGCCUGGAAUGUGCUAACAUGAUGGAGUCCAAUGGUAUGAAACUGCGGGACACUGAAGCGUUCAAUUUUCUUUGGGUUGUAGAUUUCCCGCUUUUCCUACCAAAAGAAGAUUGUGACGGCUUGGAAUCAGCCCAUCACCCGUUCACUGCCCCAAUGCCAGAAGAUGUUGAACUCUUAUAUACAGAUCCACUUAAGGUGAAGGGUCAGCAUUAUGAUCUGGUGUUAAAUGGACAUGAGAUUGGAGGCGGUUCGAUUCGUAUUCACACAGCUAAAGAACAACUUUAUAUAUUGGAGCAGAUACUUAAGGAAGACAGCCGUCAGCUGCAACACCUUUUACAUGCUUUGGACAGUGGCUGCCCACCUCACGGAGGAAUUGCUCUGGGUCUUGAUCGUCUCUUAGCCAUUUUGUGUGAUGAGCCAAGCAUUCGUGACGUCAUCGCAUUCCCCAAAUCACAUGAUGGUAAAGAUCCUAUGAGUAAAGCUCCUGCAACAGUUUCUGCUGAAGAUCAGAAUUACUACCACAUAUCCUCUAAAUUUACGGAUUAGCAUCAGGGAAAGUCUAUCCAAAUACUCUGUCACUCAUCAUAGCAUGUUGACUUAAAGGAACUAAUGUCACACAUGUGUGUGUGUGUGUGUGUUUGUCCCCUACCAUCACUUGACAAUCUCACAAUGGUUGCAGUCUGGUUGCUGAAACAAGUAAAAAAUAAAAGAGAAAGGUUAUAUAUACAUACAUAUUAGAAUAAAAAAUGCAGAGCAGAUUGCAAGAAUACGCUUAUGUAUCAAAACUGGAAAAGUACAAGAAGAAAGGAAACAGAAAUGAUUUAAUGUAAUACAAAGACAUUUUUAAAUAAAAAUAUUAAAUUAAAAUAAUCUGCCAUAAAAAGCAAAAAAUAUAAAAAAAAACAAAAAGUGCACAAUGCUUUUUGAUGAACAAUUUCAUAAAUCUAUUUAGCAAUAAUAAUAAAAGGUUUUCUUUUUUCUUGUUCUGUACUUUUCCAGGUUCAAUAUUCUAAGAUUUUGUGCCUGCAUUUUUUAAAUUUUAGUUUGCUUUUUUCCAAGCGACACUUCUAUUGUUAUGAUAAUUAUAUUUACCUUUAUAAUUGAAAAAAACGAUAGUAUUAUAAAUAUUUUUUAAAUAAAGAUUUUGUUCAAA